CCUAGUACAUAUCAAGCGAUCACGCGUACCUAAUAUUCAUACCAAAGUGAACUGAUUGAGGCAAAUGUAAAAUCUUACUUUUUAGCCUCGAGUUUCGCCGUAUAUACUGAAUGAGCCAACGGGUCAUUGUAUAGUGUCACUGGGUGAAAGCUGGCCUUGUUCAAGCAAGCCUAAUCUCCUUAUACUGCCAGCCUUCUGUUAAAGCACCGGACACGGGGACACAUAAUCAAUUCCCAGGUGUUUGAGGAGAUAUUCGUCAGGAUCACCACCAUGGCCAUCUAUCCCGCCGGCAAAAGCACACGCAUAGACUCCCCCCGACACCUCACUCUUCGUCACUCACGACGUCUUAUCGCUGCUCACCAACGCCAGACAAAACGUCUCCUCCGCAGCUCGGCUGAAGACAGUAGUGGCGAUGAGGACGAGGUCGACCCUCUGCCUCCCGGCCAAGAAAAGUUGAACGCAUAUUGGGUUCCGGGACUUGAAGCCGGCCAACAACACCGCAUCAACGUUUCUCAGACGAUCAACGCGAAUAACGGAGAAAGCCCGCUAACUCUAACAGCGGAGCAAGACUUCUUUGUUGAUGCGCCGCAGUUUACGUUGCCAGAUGGCUCCGUACACUCAACUUAUCCGCCGCCAGGCUAUAGCGAUGACCAUCGCAUUCUACCCCACGUGGUCCUAACCGAUCCCCAUCUUCCAUGGGAGCGAUUGGGAAGCCCUAGUGAAGGCACGAACACGCAACUCAAGUCAAGAAUCAGAACGAUGACUGCAAAUGGAGAAGCCAACCCAGUCCGUAACCGUGUUCCAUGGCUCGUGAUCUUCUCCUUCUCACAAGACGAGCUGCGGUUGCCUCCUGAAGACUUGGACGCGAAUACAGGCAUAUUUCGAGACACCAGCGCUGGUGUGAUAAAGCCGAUUAAGCAGUCAUCGACUAUGACUAUCAACAUGAGUGUUGACGAUCUGUGGAAGCUGGAUAAUGUCGCAUAUCCUGUCACUAGGGAGUUGGUGCCAAGCGGCAUGGAGAGCAGUCGUGGAGACUUCAUUUUCGUCAAGCCUGAUCUAUUCAAAAGCCUCUUCUCGACCUUUGACGCAGACAACAAACAGGUAACCGGUAACAAGCCAAACACCUCCCAGUACCAAUACUUAGCACAUGUGCGUACAAUCAACAGCUCGGGUAUGGCGCUCGCAGGUGUCGAAGAUACAGCUGUCUUCAGUAUCGUUGUGGGCAAUCGGGCAGGACCGCUUGACAACGCCUCACCUACGACUAUGUGUGUGCAUCUUGUCUCAAUCGAGGGCGUUGAGGGAAUGAAUUUCCCAACUAGCGACCAACGAUACGUCGCUCUCUGUUCGCUGCACAGUUGGAAUUAUACGGUUCUACCGCCUGGGUUACUGAACGUACCGGAUGCUUUUGAGCAUCUAGGGAGCACGCUAGAUGUGCUUCGUACCCGGGAGAGCAUCAUCGCUCCCCUGCGGACCUCCAGCAGUGAUGCCGAAAAACGAGUCGCUCGUCGCCUUAACGACGGUUAUACUAUGACGAAAUAUUACACUCAGACGGGCGAGACCACUGUCGCGCUCUAUAGAGGACCGUUUACGCCUACGUAUGUUCCACCGCUAGAAAAUUUAUCAAGGUGUUCAAACUCUGGCGUCGACUUGCAGAUACUCGAUAAGGAUUUGGGAAUCAUGGACAUCACGUACUCCGUAGCGUGGCAGACUGGCCGCACUAUGGCCCUUGCCGACGAGUCUUUUACCGCCGCGUUAUGUCGCUUGAGGAGUUUCAUCCACAAAGAAGGAUCCGACGAAGCCAAAAUGCAGACCUUGAAAGAGUUCAACGAUUCUGGCAUACGUACAAGAGAGGAGGUGCUCAGAAACCUGUCCAACACAGUGGACAGCCUCGCAGCGCUCCACAUCAACAGUGAUCCAAUGACGCAGCCAGAGGCACAACAACCAGCUUUUACCGCUGGAGGGGCCAAAAAACGCUGGUUUCGCCAGCGACUUACACAUUCUCAGAUUCCUGACCUGGGGUUGAACUCACGAGCUAUUAAGGAGAAAUACCCAGCUGCCGCGCGAAAAGCUGUGAAAAAGGUUGCGCAAAGCACAUCGGGUGGAUUGUACGACGAAACGAACGAUCCAUUAUCAACGGAUUGGAUGAUCGUUCUGGCUUGGCUAGUCGAUAGGAUGUUUCUGAAGGGCGUACCAGCGCAUCUCUUGGUAGCGGACCCGACACACCUAGAACCCGAAAGUCUUCGUUUCUUCCGUAUUGAUAGCAAUUGGAUUGACGCGUUGAUAGACGGCGCACUCUCCCUUGGGAAUCAUUUUGGUGUGGAUGUCGAGCGGUCAAAGAUCAAGGAUGGACUUAACGAAUACAUCCAACACAAGCCUGUCGGACACGAGCACAGCGUGCAGAUCCCUACAUACGGCUUCUAUCUUCGCUCAGACUUGGUCACUAUGUUCCCAGACUUACGAGUUGAGGUUCUAGCAGACGAGGCUGCGCUAAUUAGCGCCGGCGAGGACCCUCCAACCGGUGCUCCGUUACUCCUUCAUGAAAUUGUGACGGAUGGCGUAAUGAUGGCCUAUAUGGACCGCAUCCCAGGGUCUCCUCAAUUCUCAAGUCUUGUGUUCACCCAACCGGCUCAUCAGCAGCGCUUCGCUGCAGCUCGGGGACUUGAUUCCACCCAAAUAAAGGUUGAUAUCCGACGCCAAUACACAGUGGACCAAACUACUAGAGAAACAGACGGUAACAGGCAAGAUGCGCUCAUCGAAUUUCUCUACCAUCCACCCAGCAACACAACCUCGGCGACGGAUAAUGAACCUUCCCCAAUGGCCGGUGGUGUUCCUUCAGAAGACAAGGGCUCUUCAGACAACAUUUUUAUCUGGGAUUCAGAACCGGGUAGUGGGCUCAACGACCUACGAAUCUUGCGAUUGCCUCAAUUUGCCAACGUUCAGCUCCAAACCCUACAAGAAAGAAUGGGAAGUUAUGGUGAGGGCGAUGACAGCAAGCCAUACUUCAAUGAGAAUGCAUCCACAUCUGCCUUACUUGCCAUGCAGCUGAAUGACCCCAUAUAUAAGCUCGAAAUUGAUCUCAAAGGUCAUCCAAAUGCAAGCAGCAUGGCAAGCCUAGGACCUCCUGGUGAUGUCGGUAUAAGAAGCCCUGAGAUCAGGACACUGAAGCAGCUUGGGACAUCUUACGUGAAGAGGCUUACCGUCAACGACGGAAGAAGUAAUGACAUCCACGAAGCAUCCGAUGAGGCUUCCGACUCAGACGACGAAGGUGAAUCGACAUUCGAGCGUCAUAGCGGCUACGAACCUUCAUCGGUAGCUCUUUCGACGAAUCUAGCUCCUCACAUCCGAGCCCUCCCAAUUGUCACUAAGGCUCUCACAGCCACAGGUAUCCGCGACGACACCGUUCCAGUCUCGGAAACUCAAGGCUCUAGUAAAAAGCCCAACGUGCCAGAUUCAGGGGACCCAGCCUCAGCACCGCAGUACGACAUAACCAUCAGCAGCAACUCCAUCGGGAACUGGAGUAUAAUCCAGCUGACCGAGCACAACCUAAACCAAGACAUCAUCUUCUCCAUCCUGCUGAGCAAGAACACCACGAACCAAUACAUGCUCGUCGAGCUGGACAUCUCGAUCCCGCUCGGCCCAGCAAAGGCCUCGCCCAGCGAUCCGCGGAACUUCCUGAUGCCGACGUACGUCGGGCCCGGCGCGCACAUGCUGACGAACCUGCGCUUCAACGUGCUACCCUCCAUCACCGGCAACGACCAGCCCGUGCUGCAGCUACGCGUGCUCCCCCGCGCAGCGAAAGGCUGGAUCGACGCGAGCACGGUCAAGGAGCUUAGUUUCCUCCUUGGUCUGGCCCCGAUUAAUCAGCCCCAGGGCGCUUUCACCCAGGUCGAUGUCCAGUCUUGGGCCGUCUACUGCAAGGACGCGGAGAACCCGAGGCCGGGGGUCGGGAAUACGAUUACGAUUAAGAACCCGCCUACAAGGGUUACCGUUUAUGGGUUCUAGGUUUGUUUACGAGGUUGAGGUUGUUGUUUUGGGGUGGGCUUUUGGUUUUAUUUUAUUUUUUAUGGGUUGAAGAUAGACAUAAUUACCUAGGUAGUUAGUAAGUGGAAGUAAAUUGAGUUCUUUACGUUGCAUUUUUGGAUAUAAAUCUGAAGAAUUUGUGUGCC